AUGGAGUAUUUGGCUCAUCCUGGUACAUUCAGCUUAGCUGCUGGAGUUGCUUGUGGCAUGUGCCUGGGCUGGGGCCUCCGGGGUCACCUUGGCAUGUUACCCCAGAGCUCAACAAGUGAGACAAAUAGAGGCACCAAGACAGAAACCGAAGCAAGCAUUUCUGGGGAGAGUGGAGAGUACAAAAUGAUUCUUGUGGUUCGAAAUGACCUAAAGAUGGGAAAAGGAAAGGCUGCUGCCCAGUGUCCUCACGCUGCUUUUUCUGCCUACAAGCAUAUUCAGAACAAAAACCCUCAAGUGCUCAAAGAGUGGGAGUACUGUGGCCAGCCCAAAGUGGUGGUCAAAGCUCCAGAUGAAGAAAUCUUCAUUGAAUUACUAACCCAUGCGAAAGUGUUGGGACUGACUGUAAGUUUAAUCCAAGAUGCUGGAUGUACUCAUAUUGAACCAGGCUCUUGA